UAACCAGCAAAAUGUGGACACUGAGAACACCACAAAAAAAUUCAGCUCUAAUGGAGAAUUUAUCAGGAUUCCACUUCUAACAUCGUGGGACUGACUCUUUGCCAAUGUACAGCUGACAACUCUGAGAUUUGAGCAUGUGGAUGCUGGUGGCAGUGGCGUGUCUGUGUCACUGUGUCUCUGCUCAGCUGUCAGAAUCCAGACUAAAGAAAACUCCUCUGGUCUGCAGCAGUGUCCCAGGACCCCCAGGUCUGCCAGGGAAAGCUGGUCCCAGUGGACCACCUGGGGCACAGGGACCUGUGGGCAUCCCAGGUCGGGACGGACGGGACGGCAGGAAGGGAGAAAAGGGAGAAAAAGGAGAGACAGGGUCGAAGGGCAGAGUUGGUCCCCCUGGUAAGACUGGGGAGCGUGGAGUUCCAGGCCCUCCAGGCAAACGGGGUCCUGUGGGAGACAAAGGGGAAGUGGGGCCCCCUGGUGGCUCAGGACAGGAUGGACAGAAAGGUGACAAGGGUGAGAGAGGGAUCCGAGGAUUAGGAGGUGUUUGCAAAUGUGGAAGCCUGCUUCCAAAAUCAGCCUUCUCCGUGGGCAUCACCAGUAGUUACCCCACAGAAAAAAUGCCAAUCAAAUUUGACAAGAUCCUAUUUGAUGAAGGUGGGCAUUAUAAUCCGGAAACAGGGAAGUUCAUAUGUGCCUAUCCCGGGAUCUAUUACUUCUCCUAUGACAUCACACUGGCCAACAAGCACCUGGCCAUAGCCCUGGUGCACAAUGGGCAGUAUCGGAUCAAGACAUUUGAUGCAAACACAGGAAACCAUGAUGUGGCCUCAGGCUCUACAGUGAUAUAUCUGAACCCAGAGGACGAGGUUUGGCUGGAGAUUUUCUACUCAGACCAAAAUGGGCUGUUCACUGAUGCUGGGCAGGCUGACAGCCUGUUCUCUGGGUUCCUCCUGUAUGUAGACACAAACUACUUUGAUACACUGGCAGAGGAUUAUGUGUAAAGGCUGAUAAAAAUGAAUGGUGCUGGUCAAAGUAGCUACUGUCUAUUAUACUGGGCAUCCAGUAGAGAAACUGACCAAUAGUUAUGCGAAGUUAUGCAAAUAAAAUAAAACAAA